GUCACAACGUUGCGCUCGCUCUCUGCUCUCACCGUUCGCUUGCCACUUUUCGCCUCUCGCCAAGAUCUUGCGUGUUGUUCUGCGCGCCUGCGCAACUGCGAAAGGAGCUGCGGGAACUGCAGUCGGCGCAUUUGGUUUUUAGUGCCGUUUGUUUAUUUUGUCGUUCGCGUCCGAGUGUAAAUUUCCUGUACGGGUCGCGGGGGGAAACGGAAAUGCAGCGAAAAGGAAAUCAAACGUUUGACAAACGGAAAUUGAAUUGUGCGCGAGUGCGCGCGCAUUGAGAAAUUAAUUGAAUCAAAGCAAAAACGGCAAUAAUUUGCGGCCAACAUUUCCACUGAAAACCAAAACAACAACUUUUCACGAAUAAUAACAAUAAUAGUAAAUAAUAGUGAUUCGUUUUAGCGACGGUCUCGGGCCGCGGCAUCGCAUCUAAUGCCAACAAUAGCCGCUCGCAUUGAUUUAUGGCCCAAGUGUAAAUAAUCGCAGCCAAGCCGCACGAAAUGAAUUGAAACGAAACUAAAUGAAUUCAAUUGAAAUGAAAUUCGUAAAUUGAUGCGCAUUUGGACAUAUUCGCAACUGGCAUUAACAGCACAAAACAGCACAACAAAGGCAAUUCUGAGCGGCAUCGACUAAACAUUACUUUGUGACAACACCCAAAGAUCCGUCGGAACAUGGACACCGGAAGUGUGGUUAGCGAGCCCAUUUCCGCGCAUCAUCGCGCCUUUGCCAAGCAGAAAUCGGCGUCAAUGACUAUACUCAAUCCCAAGAGCUGCGCCAGCUCGGCCAAGUACAGUCUGCACUCGACGGCGGCGGCGGACAGCAACCACGAGUCGCAGCUGCAGCUGAGCAGCGCCGCCUCGCAUUGCUCGACAACGGGACGGCGGCGCAAGGGCGGCUCUCUGGGCGGAACGCUCUCCUCGCGCUCCACACGCAGCGAGUCGAAGGAGUUGCGGUCCGCCUUGCAGGAUCGCGAGGCCGUCAUACAGAACCUGCGCAUCCAGCUGUGUCUGGGCAAGCUGCCACGGCCCAGUGGACCGCCAUUGGACGAGUCGGAGAAGCCGGCGGCAGAGCAUAAGCUGAACCGCCUCAAGGCCGAGGCGGAGAACAAGCGCAUCAAGAUCAAGAACCUGAAGAGCGCCCUGGAGAAGCUGGACAUCACAGACAACAUCGACAUACGCAUUCGCCAGGCGGAACUGGAGUAUGCGCUGGGUCGCGAAGAGCUGCAGAUGCUCUCGAUUGUGGAGGAGGCGCGUGCCUUGCAAGCACGCCUGGAGAAAUCAAAGCCCGAGGCGCAAACGCUCUACAACAUUAUCAGCUCGGGCGUCACACUGAGCCUGCAUGCCGUGCACGCCACCUCCGGACGUUGGGCGGCUCAGCAGAGGCCCGACCAGCCGGGCUUCUUUGUGGAGUGGGCCCUGGAGGGAGACGGGCUGUACAAGGGGGAUCGCAUACUGGAGAUCAAUGGGCGGCUGGUGACCAGCAAGACCAAAGAGGAGCUGCAGAAGCAUGUGGGCAACUCCGGCAAGUGCCAGAUGGUCGUGCUGCGCAAGAAGUCCGUGCCGAUACCCCAAAAACAGCUCGACCAGGAGAAGGAGAACAACAUGCGUCUGCAGCAUCGCAUCUCCUACCUGGAGGAGCAGGUGCGCGAACUGCAGACAGUUAAGGAGCAGCAGAAGCUCCAAUCACAGCAGCAGCAGCAGCAACAGAAGCAACAAUUGCCAGCAGCGACAACACAGUCCAACAAUGCACAUGUGACCAGCAUAAGCAUAUCCUCGCCACCGUCGCCCUCCACUCCGCCGGACAAGCCGCUGAUCUUCCAGCGCGGCAACUACAUCACCACGCUUGUUGGGGGCAAGCCCAUUGAGCUGGUGGGCGACGAGCUGCCGCCGGCGCAUGUCACCAAGACGCUGAUCAAGGAGAACACGCACAUUGAUCUGCGCGAACGCCUGCCCCAUCCCCAUCUCUAUUCCAUGCCGUCCAAGUCGCUGUCUGCCUCCAAGAUAUCCAUCAACAGCGACUCUGCCUACAUGCAGCAGCAGAAACGGGAAAAGGAGCGCCAGCGCGAGCGACACGAGCGCCACCGGGAAAGAGACAGGGACAGAGAACGCCCACGGGAUGCACUGCAGCAGCAGCAGCAGCUGCACAGGGAGCAUCUGAUGAGCGCGCAUGCACGCAGCGUGGAGCACCUCAAUCAGUGCAACGGCCUGGAACGCCGACGCGACACGCCGCGGCAGAGCGAGGCCCAGACCAUGCGCUCGCGUCUGCCCAGCGACAUGCGCAGCGUGAAGUCCCUCGACUUUGACAGCGAGAACGAAUCGAAGCCGACGACGGGAUCCCGCACCGUGCGACCCACGCCCCCAAAGAAGCCGUUGCGCCUGUCACUGCAACGCGCCCAGAGCCUGCAAACGGUGGAGCUGAAUCCCUGUUCCGAGCACGACCGCAAGCGGCCCAUGAAACGGGUCCACCACAACAGCAGCGCCAGCGGCGGCUCCUCGCCCAGCGACGAGGGACAGGGCCACGGAUCGGCACCGGGUGCGGAGCUCAUCGAGAACUGCAGUCCCAUGCACACAGCCUCGCUGGGCCGGCACAAACUCAUCUGAGGCUCGGAGCUUAAUUGGAAUCCCAUCUGGAUUUAGGUUACAAACUGGAGAAACAGCUGCUUCGCAGCGGAAUUCCCAGCAGGCGGACAUGUGCAAAACUAAACCCUAAUUAAAAUUACGAAAUUUGUCGAAUACGUAGAAUUCCACAUAUACCUGUAGCUAUUAAAAUAAAUAUAACUAUGUACCUACCAGAUAU